CUGGCCCCAUUUAUCUGAGCAAACACCCAAGUGGGUCAGUGAAGGGACUUGAGAUGAAGAAGGGAAGCCUUUGAAUUCGCCAAUGUCUACCAGAAGGGGCAAAGAGAAAGUGGCAGACAGUAGAUAAAGCAGAAGACUCCAGUGUCUACAAAGAAGGUUGCAAGGAGACCCGUUGGACCACAGCCAGGAUGAUGAUGUUUGAUACUUGCAAGGAGCCAGACCUGUGCGUUGUCUAUGGGGAACCCAUCAGGCCAAAGCCCAUCAUUCAUAAGAGAACGGAAGGUCAGCAGAAAGCCCACCCAGUCGAGGAGGAGGAGGACGUACCCCUUUUCCGUGGAGGAAGUUUCAGAGCCUCCUGGGAAAUCACGGUACAGACAAAUUCUGGUGCUGCUAAGGAGCAGGAUGUGUGCAUUGUGGGUGAGGAAAACAUCUGGCAGUACCCAAACAUCUGCGAGAGAAAAGCAUAUUUGCAGGAAGCCCACUCAAUGGAGGGUCCCAUUCACAGCAAACUAGACUCCAGUGCCCCCAGUGAACCUCCAGCCCAGAUCGUUGUUGAUGCCACAGCCAGGAUGAUGAUACUUAAUACUUCUAGGGAGCCAGACCUGUGUGUUGUCUAUGGGGAACCCAUCAGGCCAAAGCCCAUCAUCCAUAAGAGAACGGAGGGUCAGCAGAAAGCCCACCCAGUCGAGGAGGAGGAGGAUGUACCCCUUUUUCGUGGGGGGAGUUUCAGAUCCCCCUGGGAAAUCACAGUGCAGACAAUUCCUGGUGCUGCUAAGGAGCAGGAUGUGUGUGUUGUAGGUGAGGAAAACAUCUGGCAGAACCCCAACAUCUGCAAGAGAAAGGCGUGUUUGCAGGAAACCCACUCAGUGGAGGGUCCUGUUCACAGCAAACUAGACUCCAGUGUCCCCAGUGAACCUCCAACCCAGGCUGUUGUUGAUGCUGCUAAGGGACAAGACAUCUGCAUUGUGUAUGAGCAAGGUGUCCUACAAAAGCCCACCGUCCGUAUCAGAACUGGGUAUCCUGAGGAAGAAGACUCAGAGGAGGAUAUAGAUAUGCCUAUUCCUGGCAGAGAAGAUUGGAAAGGGCCCAAUGAAUCCACCUUCCAGCCCGCUCUUGAUGCCACCAAGGAAGAAGACUCCUGCGUUGAGGAAAUGGUUAGUCAGAAGUUCGUUUUUCAAGGAAGAGCCCCGAGUGAAGCCACAGCUCAGAGAGGUAUGGAUACUGCAGGCGUUGAGCAGUGGAGGCAGAACAGAAGGAAAUCUUUGGUGAAAGCACAGGAUGAGAUGGUGGAGCAGAACUACCUGAGUCAGGAUGGACCAAGGAGGGGAAAGAGAAGUCACACAGAACGGAAGACAGAUGAAUCCAUCGUUCCUCAAAGUGGCGUCUUCACUGAGCAAGGAGAACAACCAGAAAACAGAGAUGCUUUGAGAGCGUCCACAGAGGAGAAAAGAAAUCAAAGGGCAGAGUCUGAAGGAACAAGCAGUGGGAGCAGAAACAAUGGAAACAGCCCCAGAUGCCCUACAGAGGUGAAGCGGUGUGGAAAGAGCUUCAGGUAUCAGAAGCAGUUUGCUGCCCAUCAGAUGAUUCACACAGGACAGAAACCUCAUAAAAGUGCAGACUGUGGAAAGAGCUUCCGCUUGAAAAGUGACCUUACACAACAUAAAAGAACCCACACAGGGCAAAAGCCUUUCAAAUGUUCUGAGUGCGAUAAAAGCUUUACUGCGAACGCAAACCUUACACAACAUAAAAGAACUCACACAGGGGAGAAGCCUUUCAAAUGUUCUGAGUGCGAUAAAUGUUUCGCACACAGCUCAAACCUUACAGUACAUAAAAGAACUCACACACGGGAAAAGCCUUUCAAAUGUUCAGUGUGUAGUAAGUGUUUUUCUCAAAGGUCGGACUUUACUAAACAUCAAAGCAUUCACACAGGGGGGAAACCAUAUAAAUGUGCACACUGUGGAAAGAGCUUCCGUUUGAAAAUAGACCUUACAAGACAUGAAAGAAUUCACACAGGGCAAAAGCCUUUCAAAUGUUCAGUGUGCAAGAAAAGCUUUGGUUGGCACACAAGCCUUACUGCACAUAAAAGAACUCACACAAAGGAGAAGCCUUUCAAAUGUUCAGUGUGCAAGAAAAGCUUUGGUUGGCAAACAAGCCUUACAGUACAUAAAAGAACUCACACAAAGGAGAAGCCUUUCAAAUGUUCUGAGUGCGAUAAAUGUUACACACAAAGCUCACACCUUAAAGUACAUAAAAGAACUCACACAGGGGAGAAGCCUUUCAAAUGUUCAGUGUGUGAUAAGUGUUUUUCUCAAAGGUCAAGCCUUACUAAACAUCAAAGGAUUCACAAAGGUGAGAGAUCCCAUGAAUGCUCAGUGUGUGGUAAAUGCUUCAGUCAGGAGGCAAACCUUACUAAACAUCUAAAGCUUCAUAGGAGGAAGACACCUUUUAAGUCAUCACUGGGUAGAAAAAGCUUUACUAAGAGCUCAAAUCUUCCUAGUCAACAAAUGAUUCGCAAAAAAAAGUAUAAAUGUUCAGCUUGGGGGAAAAGCUAUACUAAGUGGUCAUACCUUACCAAACAUAAAAGAAUACCACACAAAGCAGAGAAACCCUAUAAAUGCGAAGGGUGUAGAAAAUGUUUCAGUAGCAGGUCAAUCCUUACUAGACAUAAGAGAAUCCUACACGGAUGGAACAAAGUCUAUGCAUGUUCCAAGUGCAGUCAAUGUUUCCGUUCAAGGAGACUUCUUAUUACACAUCAAGGAACCCACACAACACAAAAACCUUUUCAAUGCUCAGAGUGUAGAAAAGCCUUCAGUCAGGAGGCAAAUCUCCUUAGACAUCAAAGAACUCACACAGGAGACAAACCCCACGAAUGCCCUGUGUGUAGAAAAAGCUUCAGUGAGAGCACAGGUCUUUCCAGACAUACAAGGUCUUGCCAUACAGGGGAGAAACUGCACAAGUGUGAACAAUGUGGAAAGAGCUUCAUUCGUAAAUCAGACCUCAAGAGGCAUCAAAAGCACCACACAAGGGAGACGCCCAACCAGGGUUCAAAUCUCAGUGAAGGUUUAGAUGAUGAAUCAAGACCUCAUGAAGGUGAGAACGCACAGCGGAUGGAAACCAUGUAACUUCUUCAACUAUCCUAAGAAGGUCGCAUCCACACAAUACU